AUGAUGGCAUUCAGUCUCAAGACCUUCAUUGGUCUUUUGUUUUUAUUCGGAUUGAGUUCCGCGCUCAAAUUCGAUUUGACCGCUACCACGACAAAGAGUGAGCGAUGUAUUCGCAAUUUCGUGUCGAGAGGGCAGCUCGUUGUCGUCACGGCGAUUGUGUCGGGGACGAAGGGGGAUGGACAGCUUGUUAAUAUGCACAUCAAAGAUGCCAUGGGCAAUGAUUACGGUCGUCCCAAGGAUAUUGUCGGCGAGACUCGUCAGGCUUUCACAUCGCCUGCGGACACGGCUUUUGAUGUUUGCUUUGAGAAUACUGUGACCAACGCCCGCCACAUGCGAGGCCCCCUCAGCCGCGAAAUUGAACUCGAUAUCGAAAUCGGCGCCGACGCCCGCGACUGGUCCAGCAUCCAGGCCCAAGAAAAACUGAAACCCGUCGAAACCGAUCUGCGCCGUAUUGAAGAGAUAGUCGGCGAAAUUGUGAAUGAGAUGGAGUACCUGCGUCAUCGCGAGCAGAAGCUGCGUGACACGAAUGAGUCGACGAAUGAGCGAGUGAAAUGGUUCGCUUUUGGCACCAUGGGCAUGUUGAUGGGGUUGGGUGCCUGGCAGAUUAUUUAUUUGAGGGCUUAUUUCAGAUCGAAGCAUCUCAUCUGA